AUGGGCCGGAAAAAGGGGAAAGCGCCCCCGCGCCAUGCGAAGGCCGGGACGCCAGCCUCGGGGGAGCAGGAGUCUGGGUCGGCCAGCGCGGACGGCGAGCCCAGCAGGGAACACAGGCCCGGCCGUGACAAGGCCCGUGGGGUGGGACAGGACACGGAGCCCGCCGCCGCCGGGGGCCAGGGGACCGCUGGAGGCCGCAUGAAACCCACCGCAGAUAGGGACAGCCCGAGCAGACGGCCGAGGGCCGAGCGGCCAGCGGAGGCCCAGGAGGGGGAAGGCAGCACGCGGCAGGGACGCGGGUCCAAGGAGAGCCGUGAACCUGGGGACCGCUGUGGGGGGCGCCUGGAGCAGGGGAGCCUCCCCCAGGAGGAGGGGCGGACGGGCGAGCGCGGCCGCCGCAGGAAGAGAGGAAAAGAACGGGGACCCUCGGCUCGGCGCGGCCACCACGCGACCAAGAGUCUGGAUGGGGACACGUCGGGCGGCGACGGAGGCAGCUCCUGCCCGGACAGCGAAGCCCGCGAGGUCCAGGAGAGCAGCGGCCAGAACGGCGGGGCCCCGGAACUGCGGCCCAAGCCGGAGCCAACGGACACGGGCUCGGAAUGGACCGACGCGGGGCCGGACUCAGCGCCGGAGCCCUGCGAGCUCCUGAGCACCGACGGCCUGAGCAGCGACGAGCCCUGCGAGCUCCUGAGCACCGACGGCCUGAGCAGCGACGAGCCCCCGGCUGAGCCCUGGAGCCCCGAGGGGUCGUCGGGGACAGGGCCCCAGAGAGCGAGUGCGGAUUCCGCGACGGACACGGACUCCAGUCUGCGGGGGCCCGGGCCUGGACGGGGCCCACGUGCAGCACCGGGAACCCCGAGCCGGGCCCCUGAGGCCCAAAAGACGGAGCCCGGUGGAAGAGCCACGGCCCCCAGGCCUUCCGAGAGCACGCGGGCUCCUCGGGACACCGCGCCGGCCUGGGACGCUGGUGACAUAGGAGCGCAGCGGGCCGUCGGGCCUGGAACAGCCGAGGCCUCCACGGCCCGGGCUCUGCGCCGCCGGGUCGGAAAGGUGGUGGGGAAGGUGCAAGUGGAGGCGGGCGAGCGCGCAGCCGCGGGGGAGGACGUGCCCGGGGACCCAGCGCCGACGGCCGCCCUCGUGGUGGCGCGCAGGCUCCGCGCGAUGCCCCCGCCGGGCCCCACUCCCCAGGCCGCGGGUCCCCGCCGCGCCAGUCUCAAGGAGCGGCUCCUGCGGGUGGUGCGGGCACUGGGCCUCCUGGGGCCCGGACUGCGCCGCCGCCUAGCGUUGCGCCUGGCGGGCGUAGCAGGGCUGGGGGGACAUCCCAAGGCUCUCCCUGGGGGCGGCUCGAGCCCCCCGCAGGUGCCGAAGAGCCCGGUCUCCGAUGACCCUUCCGACCAGGAGGACCCGAGUCCAGAUCUCAAGUUCGCGGUCGUGUUCCCCAGGAUCCACAGGGCGGGGAGGGCGUCGAGCAGCCGGAGCUCUGGAGAAGCCUCCGCGGACGCCCCCGCAGGGGAGGGCCGCGUUUGGCCUCGUGCAGGGGCCGGGGGUGACGGUGAGGGGCGCGGAGCGAGUGGGGAAGGGGAGGCCGGGCCCCGCCGCGCCUCCAUCCUCGCUCCGACUGCCCCCGACGGGCCCCCGCUCGACGAGAGCCGCUCCGGCAGUGAAGCGGAGCCCGAGCCCCUGGCAGCCGAGACCCCCGGGCACUGGGCGCAGGGCUCGGGCCCCCGCGAGGACCCUGGGCUUGGCACGGCCGCGCUGCUGCCCCAACUCGCCUUGGAGACCCGCCUGCAGCAGGAGAGGACUCCGGGCCCGGGCGGGGCCCUGGGAGAGCGGUGGGAGCCCGAGGACGAGGCCGAGGCGGCGCUGGAGAGGGACCUGGAGCUGAGCCUCGGCCCCGGCCUGGAGGCGCUGCCUCUCCUCGGCUUGGAGGACACUGAGGACCUGGCCCGGCUGCGGCUGGUGUGUGACAGUUCCGUGCUGCUGUGCCUCAAGAAGAGGUUUCACCUGGGCCGCAUCUACACCUUUGGGGGGCCCCUCCUGCUCUCUCUGAACCCCCACCAGCCCUCGCCUCUCUUCUCACCUGAGGUCCUGGCCAGCUACCACCCCAGCAAGGCCCCCAACAACACCCCACACAUCUUUGCUGUCGUGGCAUCAGCCUACAGCCUGUCUCAGAGCACUGGGCAGGACCCCUGCAUUCUCCUGGGUGGGCACAGCGGCUCAGGGAAGACAGAAGCCGCCAAAAGGAUUGUGCAGUUCCUUAGCAGCCUGGAGCAGGAGCAGACAAGGGACAGGGGGUGUCAGCUGGAUGACGUGCUGCGCAUACUCAGCAGCUUUGGCCACGCCAAGACCGUCCUCAACGCCAACGCCAGCCGCUUCGGCCAGGUCGUGUGCCUCUGCCUGCAGCAUGGGGUCAUCGUGGGAGCCUCCGUGUCACAUUAUCUGCUUGAGACCUCGAGGGUAGUGUUUCAGGGCCAGGCCUGCAGGCUCCAAGGCAAGGAGGAUGCCCAGGACUUCACAGAGCUGACCAAGGCCCUGCAGGUGCUGGGCUUGUGCCCCGAGGAGUUGACCACAGUCUGGGCCGUGCUGGCCACCAUCCUGCAGCUGGGCAACAUCUGCUUCUCCUCUUCCGAGCACGAGUCCCAGGAGGUGGCUGCUGUGUCCAGCUGGGCUGAGAUCCACGCGGCAGCCCGGCUGCUGCAGGUGCCACCAGAGCGCCUGGAGAGGGCUGUCACCCGGAGGAUCGUGGAGACGCCCUAUGGCCAGGUCUCGCGAUCCUUGCCUGUGGAAAGCGCCAUCGACGCCAGGGAUGCCCUGGCCAAGGCCCUGUACUCGCGACUCUUCAGCUGGCUUCUGACGAGGAUCAACGCACGGCUGGCACCCCCUGGGGAGGGAGGCAGCGUGGGCACCGUCACUGUCGUGGAUGCCUUUGGUUUUGAGGCACUGCGGGUGAACGGCCUGGAGCAACUGUGCAACAACCUCGCCAGCGAGCGCCUGCAGCUCUUCUGCGGCCGGGUGCUGCUGGCCCAGGAGGAGGAGGAGUGUCAGCGGGAGCUGCUGUCCUGGGUGCCCGUCCCUGAGCCUCCAAGGGUGUCCUGCCUGGACCUCCUGGCAGACCAGCCCCACAGCCUCCUGAGUAUCCUGGACGCACAGACAGAGCUGUCCCAGGCCACAGACCACACCUUCCUCCAGAAGUGCCACUAUCACCAUGGCGAGCACCCGAGCUAUGCCAAGCCCCAGCUGCCCUUGCCGAUCUUCACCGUGCGGCACUAUGCCGGGACUGUCACCUACCAGGUUCACAAGUUUUUAAAUACAAACCGGGAUCACCUGGACCCUGCCGUGGUGGAAACGCUUGGCCAGAGCCAGCUCCAGCUGGUGGGCGCCCUGUUCCAGGAGGCAGGGCCAGAGGCCCGGGGAGGCCGAGGCAGACCCACGCUGGCCGCCCGCUUCCAGCAGGCCCUGGGGGACCUCGUAGCCCGGCUGGGCAGGAGCCGCAUCUACGUGAUCCAGUGCCUGAGCCCCAACCCCGGGAAGCUCCCAGGCUGCUUUGACGUGGGACAUGUGGCAGAGCAGCUGCACCAGGCUGGCGUCCUGGAGGCCACAGGGGCCCGCAGUGCGAACUUCCCCGUGCGUGUGCCCUUCGGGGCCUUCCUGGCCAGGUUCCGGGCCCUGGGGACCGCGGGGCCGGAAGACCCCUCUGACCGGGAGAGGUGUGGCACCAUCUUGAGCCAGGCGCUGGGGGCCGAAUCGCUGUUCUAUCACCUCGGAGCCACCAAGGUCCUGCUGCAGGAGCAGGGCUGGCAGCGGCUGGAGCAGCUCCGGGCCCAGCGCUGCUCCCAGGCCCUGCUCACCCUGCACCGUGGCCUCUACUCCUGCAUCUCCCGCCAGCGCCGCCGCCUCCUGCCCCGGAUGCAGGCUCGUGUGCGUGGGCUCCAGGCCAGGAAGCGGUACCUGCGGCGGCGAGCAGCUCUGGGACAGCUGAACACCGUCCUGCUGCUGGCCCGGCCCCUGCUCUGGAGGCGGCAGAAGCUGCAGGCUCAGCCUCAGGCCAUCAUGCAGAGCCAUAAAGCAGCUCAAAGGUCAGUGCCCACGUGCUGCCCCCCUCCCUGGCCCGUCCCUGGCUGGACUUUGUCCCCUGGGACAUUUCUUCCCUUCCUCCUGCCCUCUUGCUGGUGUCCUGGCAGACAGGCUGUGACUCCCGAGGUGCUGAGACUGCUUGGGCAUUGGUGUGGCUGGCGUGGCGACGGGGCCUCGGGGACAGCACCAAGCAUGGAGCUGGGCAGCUUGGAGAUCCCGGCCGAGCUGGCCGUCAUGCUCAAGACAGCAGAAGGCCACCAAGACUCCCUGGCUGGGAGCAUCACCGAGUCCAUGCCCCCUGAAGUCCCUGCCCGGCCCAGCCUGAGCCUCCCGCCCGACAUCGACCGGUUCCCGUUCUCCAGCUUUGUCUCCAUCGGCUUCCAGGAGCCAUCCCUGCCCAGGCCAGGGCAGCCGCUGGCCAAGCCCCUGACCAGGCUGGAUGGCGAGAACCCUCAGCACGCCCUGGACAUCAACAAGGUGAUACUGCGGCUCCUGGGGGAUGGAUCCCUGCAGACCUGGCAGAGGCAGACCAUGGGAACCUACCUGGUGCGGCAGGGGCAGCGCCGGCCGGGGCUGCGGGACGAGCUCUUCAGCCAGCUCGUAGCCCAGCUCUGGCAGAACCCGGAUGAGCAGCAGAGCCAGUGUGGCUGGGCCCUCAUGGCCAUCCUGCUCAGUGCCUUUCCCCCGAUGCCAGCCCUGCAGAAGCCCCUGCUCAAAUUUGUGUCUGACCAGGCCCCCAGGGGCACGGCGGCGCUGUGCCAGCACAAGCUGCUGGGGGCCCUGGAGCAGUCGCAGCUGGCGCCCGGGACCGCUCGGGCCCACCCACCCACCCAGCUGGAGUGGAUGGCCGGGUGGCGGCGUGGCCGCAUGACGCUGGACGUCUUCACCUUCAACGAGGAGUGCUACUCGGCCGAGGUGGAGUCCUGGACCACGGGGGAGCAACUGGCCGGGUGGAUCCUGCAGAGCAAAGGCCUGGAGGCGCCCCCCCGUGGCUGGUCGGUGUCGCUGCACUCUGCAGACGCAUGGCAGGACUUGGCAGGCUGCGACUUUGUGCUGGACCUGAUCGGAGAGACGGAGGACCUGGGGGACCCAGCCAGCCCCCGCAGCUACCCCAUCACUCCCCUUGGCUCAGCCGAGGCCAUCCCUCCUGCCCCUGGUGUCCAGGCCCCCGCGCUGCCCCCAGGGCUCCCUCCAGGUCCAGCCCCAGUGCUGCCCAGGAGGGGCCACACAGGGGACCCCGGCGCCUCCGGGAGCCUGGAUGGCUUCCUGGAGCACAUUUUCGAGCCAGUCUUCUCGCCCGGCUUCAGCGAUCUGGAACAAGGCCGGGCUCUGAGUGGCCGCAUGAAGGGAGGGGGCGCCAUGGGGCCCAUGCAGCAGGGCUACCCCAUGGUGUAUCCAGGAAUGAUGCAGAUGCCCGGAUACCAGCCACCUAUGGUCCCUGCACCGGUACCCAUGAUGCCAGGCAUGGGCGCAGUCCCUGCCAUGCCACCCAUGAUGGUGCAGCCGCAGCCACAGCCGCAGCCCCUGCUUCCCAGCCUGGACACCAGGCAGCUGGCAGUGCAGCAGCAGAACUUCAUCAACCAACAGGCGCUGAUCCUGGCCCAGCAGAUGACCACCCAGGCCAUGACCCUGUCCCUGGAGCAGCAGACCCGCCAGCGCCAGCGCCAGGCUCAGGCCUUGGAGGCUGCAUCCCAGGCCCCACCCUCGGCCAUCACCCCCAAGCCCAAGAAGCCCCCCGCCCCCCGGGAGGAGCCAGAGCCUGAGCUAGAAUCGGUGGGUGCCUGCCUGAGGGGGAGCUCAGAGGAGCCUGAAGACAGGCCCCAGCAGCCCAAGAAUUUCCAGGAGAAACGGGAAUAUUUCCAGAACAUGGGGCGGCAGCAUAUCAAGGUGAAGACGGUGAAGCCUCCUGCCAAGGUCCAGAUCCCCCAGGAGGAGGAGCAGGAGGAGGACAUAAGAGCAGUGCUGUCCCCUCCUCCUCCCCCUAUAGUGAAGAAGCCAUUGAAACAGAGCGGUGCCAAAGCUGCAAAAGAGGCUGAAGUGCAGCCGGCUGAGGAGGCGGGGCCUGGCCGUGACCGAGGGCCGGCCAGGGACCGGGGGCCCGUGGUGCGCAGCUCGGACCCCACGUCCCAGCGGCCGGAACCCAGCAGGGAAAUUCGCAAUAUCAUCCGCAUGUACCAGAGCCGCCCGGGCCCCGUGCCUGUGCCUGUGCAGCCGUCCAGGCCUUUCAGGACUUUCCCGAAGAAAAAUGACCCUAAGGAUGAGGCUCUGGCCAAGCUGGGCAUCCAAGGUGCCCACUUGUCCCCUGAGGUGAGCUCCCCAUCCCCCCCCAAGGGCCCUCCACCAGCUGUGGCUCCUCGACCCAAGGCCCUGUCACAACCUGGGCCUUCCAGCUCCAUCAAGGAAAAGCAGGAACCCCUUCGGGACCUGUUUGGCCAGAACCCACCCACUGCCCAGGCACCCCAACCUCCGCCAGCACCCCCACUGCCUCUGCCCGAGGACCCGGGGGCCCCUUCAGCCGAGCCUCGUGGCCUGCCGGAGCCCAUGGGGGACCAGGGCCCCUCCACCCAGCUGCUCGCGCCCGCUGGCAGCGUGUGCUUUUCCUACGCCAGCGCACCCUGGAAGCUGUUCCUUCGCAAGGAGGUGUUCUACCCGAGAGAGAACUUCAGCCACCCCUACUGCCUCCAGCUCCUCUGUGAGCAGAUCCUGAGAGACACUUUCGCCGAGUCCUGCAUCCGGAUCUCCCAAGAUGAGCGGCGCAAAAUGAAAGACCUGCUGGGAGACUUGGAGGUGGGCCUGGACUCCCUCGCCACCGCUGAAGACAGCGUCAAGAAGCGCAUCGUGGUGGCCGCCCGGGACAACUGGGCCAAUUAUUUCUCCCGCAUCUUUCCUGUUUCGGGCGAGAGUGGCAGUGACGUGCAGCUGUUAGGUGUGUCCCACCGAGGGCUGAGACUGCUCAAGGUGACCCAAGGCCCCAGCUUCCGACCCAAACAGCUGAAGAUACUCUGCUCAUACAGCUUUUCGGAGGUGCUGGGUGUGGAGUGCCCCCUGGGCUCCACCCUGGAGCUGUCGCUGAAGAAUGAGCAGCUGGUGCUGCACACGGCCAGGGCAAGAAGCAUCAAGGCCAUGGUUGAGCUGUUCCUGAGUGAGCUCAAGAAGGACUCUGGCUAUGUCAUCGCUCUGCGCAGCUACAUCACCGAUGACUGCAGCCUCCUCAGCUUCCACCAUGGGGACCUCAUCAAGCUGUUGCCGGGGGCCACUCUGGAGCCAGGUUGGCAGUUUGGCUCUGCCGGGGGCCGUUCCGGACUUUUUCCUGCCGACAUAGUGCAACCGGCCGCUGCUCCCGACUUCUCCUUCUCACUGGAGCAGAGAAGCAGCCAGCGCAAGCGUCACUCGCAGCUCAGGGAGCCAGGGCUGGCUCAGUGGGACAGGGCCUCGGAGCACCCUACCCGUCCUCGGAACCAGGCAAACAAUGAUGACUCAGAGGCCACCAGCCUGCCCUCCUCCACGGCCUAUGCCUCUCUGUCCAGUGACUCCCAUAGCUACACCAUGCUGGAAUUUGCCCUGCGCUACUUCCGGAAGCCUCGGACCUUGCUGGAUCCGACAGAUGGAGGAGCCCAGGGGAAGGCCAUGGUCAGUCUGGUGCAAUUCAGCAAGGCUCCCAUCCAGGAAUCGCUCCUCAGCAUCAGCGAUGAGGACAUGAGCAGGCAGGCGGUGGUCAGCUUCCAGGCCUUGAUGCAGUUUAUGGGUGACCAGUCCAGGCCCCGGGGCAAGGACGAGCUGGAUCUGCUCUACGAGCUGCUGAGGCUGUGCCAGGAGGAGUGCCUCAGGGAUGAGAUUUACUGCCAGGUCAUCAAGCAGGUCACAGGACACCCCCGGCAGGACCACUGUGCUCGAGGCUGGAGCUUCCUCAGCCUCCUCACGGGCUUCUUCCGGCCGUCGACCACGCUGAUGCCCUACCUGACCAAGUUCCUGCAGGACUCAGGCCCCAGCCAAGAGCUGGCCCGGAGCAGUCAGGAGCACCUCCAGCGCACAGUCAAAUAUGGGGGCCGCCAGCGGCUGCCCCUGCCGGGUGAAAUGCAAGCUUUCCUGAAAGGUCAAACAGCCCACUUGCUUCUGAUUCACCUGCCCGGGGGUACAGAUUACAAGACAAAUAUCCGGACUUUCACAGUGGCAGCAGAAGUGCUGGAGGAAAUGUGCAGACAGAUGGGCAUCACGGAGCCCCAGGAAGUGCAGGAAUUUGCCCUCUUCCUCAUCAAAGGGGAGGGCAAGCUGGUGCGGCCCCUGCGGCUUGGCGAGUACCUCAACAACGUGGUAAUGGAGCGGGACGUGAGCCUGCACGGCCGGCGGCUCACCUGGAAGACCCCGCUGCACUUCGAUAACCCCACCUACGUCAGCACCCACUACAGCCAGGUGCAGCGGGACUACCUUCAAGGGAAGCUGAGGGUCAGUGCCCAGGCAGAUGUUCAGAUUGCCAGGCUGGCUGCCCUACAGCACCUCGGCAGGGACAAAAAGAACCCCCCAUCAGAGCAAGACCUGCUAGCUUACGUUCCAAAGCUGCUGCAAUGGGAGGUGAAUGUGAACACCAUAAAGAAUCUGAUGGGCCAGGAGCUGAGACAGCUGCAAGGAUACAGCCCCCAGGAAGCACAGAUCAGCUUCAUUGAGGCCAUGAGCCAGCUGCCCCUCUUCGGCUACACUAUCUACGUGGUACUGCGGGUGAGCAAGCUGCAUCUGCCUGGACCCACCCUCCUGGGCCUCAACCACCAGCACCUCCUCCUCAUGGACCCCAGCUCCCAGAAACUGCGCUGCUCCAUUGGCCUGAAGAAUGUGCAGCGGCUCCGCCUGCUGAGCCCACAGGAGGAAGGGGGGCCCCCCGGCCUGGAGAUCAACUAUGGUUCACCGGACAGCCCCCAGACCACCUGGUUUGAGCUGCCGCAGGCCCAGGAGCUGCUGUAUACCAUCGUCUUCCUGCUGGACAGCACCUGUUCCCUUGAGUGGCCUGGCCUCAACUGACAGUGGAGUAGAGGUGGAGGCCUCUCCCUGGCCCGAGCCUCACCCAGACAGUCUGCCUUGGAUGCUGUCGGGUCAUUCUGGUUUGGACUUCAUUGCUUGGCCCUGUCCUGGAACCUGACACAGCACAGCACAGCUGGCUCAAGUGGAGUCAGGGGCUGCAAUAGUGUCACCAACUGGGAAAGGAAACAGCCAGGCUCUUUCUGAGGGGGGAGGGGCCUGAGCCCAGGGUGAGGGCUACAGGAGCUCAGCUUGGACAUCUGAUGUUGCCCAGUCUGGGGGAGAUGCCCACCCGCCCAGGCCCCCAUCCAGGCUCCACAGUAG